CUCCGUCAUGAUUCCUUCGACCACAACGCCAGAACCACAUCAGCUUCAUCACACUCAUCCACAGGAGACCGCACCAGCAUCACUUCCGUAAUCAAAGGUGGACUCCCACGUCUGUCUACCGUAUCAAAGUCCUGGAAACAGUUGCUUUUCUUCUUAUUGCCAACUUUUAUCCAAUCGCGUUAUCUACCUUGCCGGACCGGACAAAAACGACCUCUGCAUCCGACAGCAUGGUUAGAUGGCAUGAGAGGAGUUGCAGCUUUCUGCGUCUUUAUGGACCAUCUGUCUUACUCCAACCAUGACACAUACACAGCAUACGGCUAUGAAUCAUCCAACUAUGAAUUCUUCAAACUGCCCUUCCUACGAUUCUUAUACACUGGAGCUUCACAAGUUGCCAUCUUCUUCGUCGUAUCGGGAUACGCAUUGAGUUACAAACCAGUCAAACAGAUGAGAAACGGAGAAAGAGAAGGAUUGCUCACAACACUGUCUUCCUCGGUGUUCAGGAGAGCCAUAAGACUAUAUUUACCUUGUGUCGCUUCUACCCUCCUUGUUAUCUUAUGGGUCAGAUUGGGAUUGUACGAGGUGACGAGGGACUUUGCGUCCAACGACAAGCUCUUGACUGGAAGGAGAGAACAUCAUCCUUACAGGUAUGAGACCUUGUCGAAACAAUUAAGUGUCUGGGCAGUCAAAAUGUGGAACUUUUUCAAUCCGUUCGAUUUCAAUAUGAAGAUUGGCGACGGAGCACUGGAUGUUGACGGACACCUUUGGACUAUACCUGUUGAGUUUCCUACCAUCAGAAUACUAACACUCAUCGCGCUGAUCCUCUACGUCCUCAAGACAAACCGUUGGGAGCUCUUCCUCUUCUAUGCAGGUUUCGUCCUCUGCGAACUAGAUUUCCGUCGACGCUCAUCCAACACAACNCUCAACCUCUUCCCCACUAUCACCCAUUUCCCCACAUCUUCUGCCUUGUCUACGACGAACAAGCCGUCGAGAACAUGGUCAACAAUUUAUUUCAUGACGUUCAUCUUGGGUUUAUAUUUCGGCUCGCAACCAGCACGAGACCUGCAGCACGCACCUGGAUGGCAAACGCUCUCAACCUUGAUCCCCAGCCAUAUAAACCCGCGCGACCGCUACUUCCCAAACCUCGGUGCCAUACUCCUAAUCUGGUCAACGUCUUCACACCAGCCUCUACAAUCCGUUUUCACACACCCAAUCACGCAAUACCUGGGCAAGAUUUCUUAUCCUUUGUACUUGGUGCAUGGAGCCGUGAUUCACACACUGGGUUACGGCAUCAUGGAUUUCAUGUGGGGCAGUUUUGGAAGAGAUACUGUGUUUAAGAAGGAGUUUGGCUUUGGUGUUGCGGUUGUUGGGGUUGUGGUUGUUGUUGUUUGGAUGGCGGAUUUGUUCAUGAGGGUUGUGGAUACGCCGACCGUGAAGUUUGCAAAGUGGUUGGAGGAGAAGUGUGUCAUGAAGUCUUGA